GCCCAGCGUACCAGCCUGUAAGUUAGACAUGUUCUCUGCUUGUGCUGGGUGGUACUGGCAACGCACAGAAAUAUUGACUGUUCUGUUAUUUCUUAUUGUAGCUGAGUAAACUGUGAUUUACAUCUAAAAUGAGUCUCUCUGGGGAGAGAGAGGAGGGGACCACUGCUUCUAAAAUGAGUCUCUCUGGGGAGAGAGAGGAGGAGACUAUUGCCUCUAAAAUGACUCAAGACACCAGUUCUGAGAGUGUUCAGAAGCCCAGAGCAGAGUCCCCUACAACCAGCCUGCUAUCAAUGAAUCAGCCACCUGCUUUCAGCCAGGAACCAUUUCCAGAUGACAAUAAGGAAGUGGAGAGUUUGGACAGUGAGGAUGCAUUAAAGAUCACACACAACCUUCUGGACAGAAGAAGUCAAACUCUGUUGACAGUCCAACAAGACAUUAAGGCUAAACUGAAACACAAGUAUCAACACAUAUCUGAAGGAAUUGGACACCAUGGAAACCAAAGUCUGUUAAAGGACAUCUACACAGAGCUCUACAUCACAGAGGGUGGAAGUGGAGGGCUCAAUAAUGAACAUGAGGUUAGACAGAUAGAGAUGGCAUCCAAGAAACAAACCACACGAGAGACACCAAUCAAAUGCAACGACAUCUUCAAGCCUUUACCUGGACAAGACAACCCUAUCAGAACUGUGCUGACAAAAGGAAUCGCUGGCAUUGGAAAAACAGUCUCUGUGCAGAAGGUCAUCCUUGACUGGGCAGAGGGAAAAGCAAAUCAGGACGUUCAUUUCAUGUUUCCUCUUCCUUUCCGUGAUCUGAACCUGAAAAAGGACCAAUACAGUCUGAUGCAACUUCUUUCCCACUACUUCCCAGAGCUGAAAGAGAUUGACAGCAUUGAAGAUGGUGAAACCAAAACUGUUUUCAUUUUUGAUGGUCUGGAUGAGUGUCGACUUCCUCUAGACUUCAAAAAACUGAGAAGUGCUGUGAUGUCACGAAGCCAACCUCAGUGGACGUGCUGCUGACAAACCUCAUCAAAGGGAAUCUGCUUCCCUCUGCUCUCCUCUGGAUAACCACACGGCCUGCAGCUGCCAAUCAGAUCCCUCCCGAGUGUGUUGACCAGGUGACAGAAGUACGAGGGUUCAAUGAUCCACAAAAGGAGGAGUAUUUCAGGAAGAAAAUCCCAGAUCAGAAUCUGGCCAAUGAAAUCAUCCAACACAUGAAGACAUCAAGGAGCCUCCACAUCAUGUGCCACAUGCCAGUCUUCUGUUGGAUAUCAGCCACUGUCCUUGAGAUGACACUGAAAGAGGCAGAGAAGGAUGAAGUCCCCAAAACUCUGACCCAGAUGUACUCACACUUCAUACUCAUCCAAAUCAUUGUGAAGAACAAGAAGUAUAACAAAGCCACAGAGACAAACCCAAAGGAACUGUCUCAGUCAGACAAAGAGAUUAUCAUGAAACUGGCAAAGCUGGCUUUCCAACAGCUGCAGAAGGGCAACCUGAUCUUCUAUGAGGAGGACCUGAUAGAGUGUGGCCUUGAUGUCACAGAGGCAUCAGAGUACUCAGCAUUGUGUACAGAGAUCUUUAAAGAAGAAUCUGGGCUGUACCAAGACAAGGUCUACAGCUUUGUGCAUCUGAGCAUUCAGGAGUUUCUAGCAGCAGUGCAUGCUUUAGAAUCAUGUCUGGACAAGAAGGAAAAUGUUUUCCCCCCCAAAGCAGUCACCAGUGAUGAUGAGGAGGAGGAGGAGGAGGAUAUUGAUGAUAAGCAGGACGAGGAGGAGGAGAAGGAUGAUGAAGAUGAGGAUGAUGAUGAUAACAAUGAUGAAGAGAAUGAGUCAUUCCAGUUGUCUGACUUACACAGGAGAGCAGUGGACCAGGCCUUGAAGAGUGAGAAUGGACACCUGGACCUGUUCCUCCGCUUCCUUCUGGGUCUCUCACUGGAGUCCAAUCAGAAUCUGUUACGAGGCCUUCUGACACAGACAGUCAGUACAACACAGACCAAUGAGGAAACAGUUGAGAGAACAGUCAGGUACCUUUCAGACAAGAUCAAGGAGGAAUCCUCACCAGAAAGGAUCAUCAACUUGUUCCACUGUCUGAAUGAACUUGGUGCCAACUCUCUAGUUGAAGACAUGCAGACCUCCCUGCGAUCAGGAACUCUUUCAGAAACAGAGCUAAAACCUGACCAAUGUUCAGCCCCUGGCCUACCUGUUACUGAUCUCAGAGGAGGUGCUGGAGGAGUUUGA